CAUCAUCUUCCUCAGUGCUUGCUCAAUCCAUUAGUUAAUUCCGACAACGGAGUAUGGCUACUCGAGUUUCGAACUGAGAAACAAGGAAAGCUCCCUGGCCACAAGAAUCACUCUGGUCAGCUUGAAGUUCACUCGAAAGGUGUGGUGCUGGCAGAUUCCGUCAUUUCAGAAACGGACACCAUGUCUUCUCUUGGUGCCCUGUGGCAAAAACCCACCACCAGACAGCUGGUGACCGGCGCAGCACUGCUGGUGCUCACCGCGUUCUACUCGCCUUUGACGGUUCUGACUUUGGCCCCUGUCUAUGGUACUCACGGUACACACGUCUUCCAUGCCUAUGGAGUUGCCAUUGUGGCCGCUGUGGGAUGGUUCAUGAAGGAUCACAUCCAGCGACUCUCCGGCCGGAAGGCGGUCUACUUCAUCCCAGUCGUGGCCUUCUGGAUUCCCACCAUUCAGACCUUCCUAUUUUCGUCGAGCUCUGUUCUGGGAAAUCCUGUCGGCCCCAUCUUCACCGAGAUAGCUGCCUACUAUCCAUUGGUCAUCCUCUCUGUCGCCUGUGCAGGCAAGCUGGUGCAGGCAGGUCUGGAUCUAGGUCGCCAUGGUGAAGCCGUUGCCGAGCACGUUCCGCUCCUCUCCACCUAUGUCAUCUACAAGGUUGGAGAGAAGAUCGCCAAGGCAUUUCUGGGUAAGUUCAUCGGAUCGACCAUCUUCUUCAGCCGCGCCGGCUUGCAAUUCUUGCUGCCUGCCUUGUACUCUGCUGUCAUCCCCUCCAAAUUCCUGCUCUUCGCGGUCCCCUCCUUGCUCCUCUCGGCCACCUCCAACGUGCAUCUCAGCGACGGAGCCCUGAACUCGUACCUGAACGACGAGGGCUUCGCGCUGGUUGCCCGUCAGGAUUCCAACACCGGCUACAUCUCGGUGCUCGAUAACCUGAACGAUGGCUUCCGAGUCAUGCGAUGCGACCACAGCCUGCUGGGAGGUCAGUGGACCAGAAUGCCGCGCGGCUACAGCCCUGCCACCUUGGAUCCGAUCUACGCUGUCUUCACCAUGCUGGAAUCCGUCCGCCUCGUGGAGACUGACCACGGCGAGCCCCGUGUGGACGCCGACAGCAAGGCACUCGUCAUCGGUCUCGGUGUCGGAACCACGCCUUCCGCGCUGAUCGAGCACGGCAUCGAGACCACCAUCGUGGAAAUCGACCCCGUCGUGCACCAGUUCGCAUUGGAGUACUUCCACCUGCCCUCGAACCACAUCGCCGUCAUCGAGGACGCCACCACCUUCGUGGAGCGCUCUCCCCCGGCGCAGUAUGAUUAUAUCGUCCACGACGUCUUCACCGGCGGCGCCGAGCCCCUCGAGCUCUUCACCAUCGAAUUCAUCGAGAAACUCGCCUCCCUCCUCAAGGACGACGGCGUCAUUGCCCUUAACUACGCCGGCGACAUCACCCUCUACCCCGCGGCCCUGACCAUCCGCACCAUCCGCGCCGUCUUCCCGACCUGCCGCAUCUUCCGCGAGGCGGCCGAGAACGACGACCUCAACAACGACUUCACCAACAUGGUCAUCUUCUGCAAGAAGAGCGCCGCCACCCCGCUGCGCUUCCGCCAGCCCACCGCCAACGACUACCUGGGCAGCAAGUUCCGCGAGACCCACCUGCUCCCCCGCCACGAGGUCGACCCCGCCCGCUUCGAGGUCAUCCCGCCCAACGGCCGCCGCCUGCUGACGGCCCGCGAGUCCCACCUCCUGCACAAGUACCAGGAUCGCUCCGCCCUCGAGCACUGGCAGAUCAUGCGCACCGUGCUGCCGGAUCUGGUGUGGGAGUAUUGGUGAUUUAGUCUUCCUGCAAGGUCCAGGGAGGUUUCCCUAAAGCUUUGGCAUUUUUGGAAUAGGGAUACACUCCCCCCACCCCUUCACCUUUUCUUGGACAAUGUAUUUAUAUUUAGAGGUGUUUUGUGUGCUCACAGAUACAAAAUCUGGGCGUAGUUAUGAAGUAGUAUC